UCUAGUUUACCCAUUAUAACACGGUGUUAUGUUGUUUUCAAAUACUUUUCUUUUUUUAAAUAACUGUUAGCUUGUACAAUUUAACAAACAAGUGUAGAACAAAACACGAGGUCGGCUGACUUCAGAUACACAUAAACAAGACAGACAGCCUGUGACGUCAUCUGACGGGUAGCUCGGGUCUGGUCUGGUGUUGUCUGUCCGUUGGACGACAGGACGGACUCAGUAACAGUCUGUAACUAACGGCUAUAACGUUAAUUGAAUCCCGGCUCUUUCAAUCGGACUUUAAUUCACAUUUAAAUCCACCAUGAAGCUCUAAAUGUUCACGGAGUCAGUGUUGGUUGCUCUGUCGGCUGAUCAGAAGUUAAAACUUUGUGUAAUUUAACUAUGGAAACUAAAAAGAAGCGGACAACAGAGAGAAGUCAGUUGACCAACGGCUCCGUGACCCGGCAGAUAUAAUAUAACGGACAGAAUGGACGAUGUGAACGCUGGCCCGACCCGGGACUGAAGCUGCUGCUACCCGGGUCUCCUCCGCCUCCUCCGGCUACAUGUCACCCUCCUCUCCGUGCCAGAUGCCUCCGAGGGGCGACGGCGGCGGCGGCGGCGGCGGCGGGGGAUACAAGCCGGCACCGGGGUCCCCUGCUCCGCCUGUCCCACCGAGGAGGGUCAGCAGGAGCUCCGGGAGGACGCGGCGGUCCGGAGCGGGGGCAGCGGCAGCGGGGGCCGGGGCGACGGAGAGGGAGAGGCGGGUGAAGUGUGUGCUGGUCGGGGACGGAGCUGUGGGGAAGACCAGCCUGGUGGUCAGCUACACCACCAACGGAUACCCCACCCAGUACAUACCCACCGCCUUCGACAACUUCUCAGCGGUGGUAUCGGUGGACGGGCAGCCGGUCAAACUACAACUCUGUGACACAGCCGGACAGGAUGAGUUUGACAAGCUGCGGCCUCUCUGCUACACCAGUGCAGAUGUGUUCCUGCUGUGCUUCAGCGUCGUCAGUCCCGCCUCCUUUCAGAACGUUCCUGAGAAGUGGAUUCCAGAGAUCCGGAGACACGCACCCUUCGCUCCGCUCGUCCUCGUCGGGACGCAGUGUGACCUCCGAGAAGAUGUCAAGGUUCUCAUCGACCUGGCUAAGUACCGGGAGCGACCCGUGGACCCAGCAGAUGCCCGGGACUGUGCGAUGGAGAUCGGAGCCGUGGCCUACAUGGAAUGCUCUUCCCUGACCCAAAAAAAUCUGAAAGAAGUUUUUGACACGGCCAUACUGGCCAGCCUGCAGAACUACAGCUCCCACAAGCACCCGAGAGGGAAACAGAAACGACGAAAAAAGCAAAGGCAGACACCGGACAAGAUGAAGAGUCUGUCCAAGUCGUGGUGGAAAAGGUACUGCUGUGUGGCCUAGAGCAGACCUGCUUGGGUCUAAGACUCUGAUCCUCUGUGGACUUCAGCUGGGUUUGGGUUCUGCCUUAACUCGCUUUCUCUAAUGGAGCCCGAUGUUGAGCAGGACCUCGACUGGAUUGUGGCUGGGAACCAAAGUAAGACUGUCACGGAUCUAAAAUGUUUUGUUUUUAUUCAAAAAGGGGUUUUAGUCUUAUCGUGGAACAGAUUUACUACUGAGCCCAGCCGGAUUCUAACAAAACCUGCUCUGAAAAACAGCAGUACUGCCGUGUCCUUUUUCUAACCUGGUUUGAAUCUAAGCUUGCCUCCAGUAUGAUCCCUCUGCAGGGAUUAAACUGGUCUGAACUGGGACUAGCAGAAGACCCUCUCCAUGUCAUGGUGGAUGUGAUAAUGUUGCUUAUGAUUAGACUGAUCCAGAUUUUAACAAGAGCAGUCUUGUCUGUGUUUAACACAUAUAAUGGAACAGUGUUGAGUCUGGUGUCGUCGUAAUAACCUUCCCAGCCGAGUAUGGAUUUAUGUACGCUUGCCAUGUAGCCUGGAACGGAGCUUGACUCACUGAAACUGCGUCUGAACUUCCUUCGUCUAACGCGUCUAGAAAGAACUGCUGACUGAAAUAGAGCGUCUCUCACAUCAAAUGUCGUCCUUAUUUACGUAUGAAAAGAAGAAGUCAUUUUGGAUUUUCUGAUAUGAUUUGAGUCAGAAAUUAGUCAACAAAUCCAGCCUGUGGUUGAUUUUAGAGCCUCUUGUUAUAACUGGGAUCAUUGUUGCUCUAAUGAAAGACUUUAUUAAGCAGCUAAUCAUUUUAUCCUGGUCACAAGCACAGUUCACUUCGGUGCAGCCUAUAAUCUGAAACCUGGAUCCUGGUUCACCUUUUAUUUUAGCCUCGAUCUGAACUAUUUAUGGAAUCAUGUCUGGCUUGGUUUUAGUGUGGUUUUCUUCACGUCCUGCCACUGCUGAUGAAGCCAGGCAGUAGAUAGGUUUGGUGAGGCUGAGGCGUGAUGCUCAUAUCGUAUCUUAUUUGAAAACUAAUGUUGAGGGUAAAACAUUGUCGUUCGUCAUCGUCAUCUAUCCUACAUUAGUACUGAAGGACAUAAAUCAGUGUACUGUGGUGGUGGACUGCAGACUGGCUAGGACUUGACCUUAAUAGGGCAGGAGGACAUUUUGUAAUUUUAGCAUUUUUUCUCCUCUUCAUCAUGAUCACAUCUUUCCGCAAGUGCCUCCUGUCAACCAGUAACCAGUAAGUUGCUAGGUAGACCAAUACUAUACUGGUUUCUGAAAUUUGUGCGUGCUGCUCGACAUGUGUUUGAUUUAUCUUUCCAGCCUAACUGUAUGUGUGAGCACUGAACAGAAUUAGAUCAACCAAGUGCUCUUUGCAUGUGUUUAAAUUCACAAAAUGGACUCAGCUGUUUGUUUCUGUAGGUUUGCAACGAGAAAAUAACUCAGAAAAAACAAAGAUGGGUUUUAUUUCUUAGCUUUUCAAUGCAAUUGUGUAUCUAAGACUGUGAAGUUUGAAUUAUGUACAUAUUCAGUGAAAUAUUCUCUUAGUAGUUAUGAACUAUAGUUUGAUUUGUCAUGUUUGUUGCUCUGCGUUUGUUCCCUUUACCCAAAACAUGCUUAAUUACAGUUGUAACCAUUUCUAUCAUUCUGCAUCCAUAAUGCUUUGAUACUAUAGAGACAUCCUUUGUCCGUCCUAUGUCGACUGUCUGCUCUGUUAGCUCUGCAGCCUCUUCUCUCUCCAAAGUUCCACAUGUUGUAAAGCAGAAAUAAAAAAGCAAACUAAAACACAAA